AUGUCAGGUAAGCGAAUUAAAUUAAGUGGUGCAGCUUACCAAAAAUUAGCUAAAGAAAAAAAGAAAAAUAACGAAGAACUACUUCAAAAAAUUCCUAAACUUCAUUCUUUUUUCCCUACUAGAAUUGUAGAAAAUUCGGAAUUGAUCUCCACAGAAGAAUAUUCUCAAUCUCAAACUGAUAUUUCUAAAAUUGAAAUACCGUUGAAUACAGCUGAUGAUACAAUAGUUACUGAAAUUAUUACACAGCCACACAGUCUACAGGCAGAAAUCACUGUCUAUGAUUGUAAUGAUAAAUCGCAAAUUCCCGGACCUGAUCCAGUAAAAUGGAACUUAAAUUUAGAUUCUAUUAAUUUCUUACUUGCAAAUCCUCCGAAGAUAGAUAUAUCAACUAUACCAUUUGCAGAAACAAAACGAAUGUUUGGUAAUAUAAGUAGACGUCUAACUCCUGAACAUUUUAUGAGAAAACUUCAGAAUGGUGAAAAAAAACUAAGAGAAUGGGUUUUAUAUUCUCCUUCAAAAAACGCGUUAUUUUGUUUCCAGUGCUUGCUUUUCUCGCCUAAACCAACUGUUUUCGGGAAUAGAAACGAAGGUUUUAUAAACUGGAAAAAAUGUAAUGAAAGUCUACAAGAACAUGAGACUAGCAAAACUCAUGCUGAAUCCGUUAGAAUCUGGUUUUCUAGAAUAAAAAAAGAUGACCGCGGUGUCAUAGACUUAGAACUAAAAAUAAAUAUUGAAAGUCAAAUUUCUUAUUGGAAAAAUGUUUUAAAUAGAGUCGUUGAAACAGUUUCCUUUUUAGCAUCUAGAGGCUUAGCUUUUAGAGGAAAUAGUCAUAACUUUGGUUCAAAACAAAACGGAAACUAUCUUGGUUGUCUGGAACUAGUGGCUAAAUUCGAUCCUUUUUUGUCUGCUCAUAUAGCUAAUUAUGGAAAUAAAGGAAAGGGGAACGUGUCAUACUUAUCUUCCAAUAUAUGUGAUGAAUUUAUAACUUUAAUGAGUAAUACUGUAAUAGAUAAAAUUGUGUCCGAGAUUAAAGAAAGAAAAUAUUUUUCACUUAUAGUAGACUCGACCCCUGAUGUAACAACACGAGAUCAACUCACAGUUGCUAUAAGGUAUAUUUCAAAUGAAGGUUUACCGGUGGAACGUUUUCUUGGUUUUAUUCCCUCUGUUGGACAUAAAGGAUCGGACAUGGAGCAAGCAUUAAUUAAAAAAUUUUGUGAACUUAAUAUAGAUUUAAAGUACUGUAAAGGCCAAUCCUAUGAUAAUGCGUCUAAUAUGUCUAGUAUUUACAACGGAUUACAGACUCGAAUUAAAAACUAUUCAUCGACAGCCUUUUUUGUGCCAUGUUCAGCACAUUCUUUGAAUUUAAUUGGUUCCAAUGCUGCAGAUACAACUCAAGAAGGCACCAAAUUCUUUUUUAUAUGUCAAGCAAUUUACAAUUUCUUUUCUGUUUCAACAUUUAGAUGGAAUAUUUUGACUAAUAUUAUCGAAAAGAAUCCAGGUUGUGUCAAAAUAAAAAAACUGUGUUCAACUCGUUGGUCAUCCAGGUACGAUGUAUGUAAAGCAAUGUAUAAUGGUUAUGCACAAGUACUCAGUGCUUUAAAUACUAUUUGUGAUGACGAAGGACAAAAAAAAGAUACAAGACACGAAGCUCAAAAAUAUGUGGAAGACUUUAGAGAAAGAUUUGAUGUGUACUUACAACAAGCAAAAACAAUGUGUUCAAAACAAUUAUUUUCCUGGGAUGGAGUGAGACAGAAAAAAAGGAACAAGUUUUUUGAUGAAACUGAAAAUAACGAUGAAUUAUUGGAAGGAGUACACAAAAUGAAAUGUGAAGUUUUCUUUGUUAUUAUUGACAGGCUAGUUAUGAAUUUACGUGAAAGAAAACUGUCCUACACUGAUAUAAAUAAUAAUUUUGGAUUUAUAUUAAAAUUAGAUACAUUGGAUAAUAACGAAAUACGUGUAAGUGCUAAAAACUUAGUAAAAAUAUAUCCUAAAGAUUUAAACGAGACGUUCAUUGAAGAAUUGGUACAAUUUAAAAAUAUUGUCAAUUUGUUUUCAAAAGAAGAUAAAUCAUCUUUUAUAAGUCUUUUAAAAUGCCUAUCAAAUUCUUCCCUUUUAACAACAUUUCCAAAUGUAGAAAUAGUAUUACGAAUAUUUUGUUGUAUGGCUUCAUCCAAUGCAAGUGGAGAACGAUCAUUUUCUGUAAUAACAAGUACUAAUUUAAUAUUAUCACCACUCUCCGCUACACCAUGGAUCGAUGAUAUCGAAUUCAUUACUAUAAUAACGACUGGACUUAACAAAUCAAAUAAAAAUCCUAGUUCUGACUAA